AUGUCAUCGGGUGCGCAGGAGGCAGCAGUCAUCUCAUGUGUUCUCGCGCAGACUUCACUCGGUGAUGCCACGGUGACCAUUGCCCACAGAUGUACACCGAAGGAACAACUGAAGGAGAUAACCCGCCUGGCUGACAUCAUUAUUGCAGCUGCAGGUGUUCCUGGCCUGAUUACAGCAGACAUGGUGAAAGAGGGUGCAGCAGUCAUCGACGUAGGCAUCAACCGGAUACAGGACCCGAAAACUGGAAAACUCAGACUCAUCGGUGACGUGGACUUUGAGGGAGUGAAGGAGAAAGCAGGUUUCAUCACACCUGUUCCUGGAGGCGUGGGUCCGAUGACAGUCGCCAUGCUGAUGAAGAACACUGUGACUGCUGCCAGAAACGCACUGAUGCAUUAAACACACAUAAUAAAGCCGGUCACUUUGUUGAAUGAUAUAAAUAUGCAUACACACACACACACACACACACACACACACAAAACGCAUCCUUUAAUUUAGGUUUAUGCACACACACGUUUAUUUAAAAAGACUCCAUAUCUGCUGGGAAACUUACUUGAUGAUGUACUUUGUUUAUAUUUUGAAUUUGUUCAUUUAUUUAUUUAAGUUAUUUAUUUCAGAGUUCACUUUUUAAGAAUUUAGAUUAAUAUUUUUCUACUGAAGUCAUUUUGGUUCAUUUUUGAACAUCCAGAUUCACUGGAAAAGGAAUAUUAAAUAAAAAAACAAUGCUGUGCAAAUACUA